AUGUGGAUUGCUCCAAUGUUAUUUGGUGGAACCAUACCUCUUACUCAUGGUUUUCAAGUGCUUAUGUAUCCUAUUGCAUUUGAUUGUGGAGGUGCUAAGUAUGCAAGGGAGCAAGGCAUCCCUGUUAUUUUGUUUCCUAAAGCAAAGAAUUCAUCCGAGAGUUUAUCGGAGGAGGAUCUCGUGGGUGCUUUGAGCUGCACGUAUGUCAAAAAUUCUUGUCUUCCUCAGUUGCAUUACCAGAUUUAUUUUUGUCACCUUCUUUUUGGUGGACCUGGUGAGAAUAAGGUUAAUAGACAAAUGAGUGAAAGCUCAAUAUAUACAACUCAUCAAGACAAGGAUGAUGAUGACGCUAAUAACAAGAUUGAGUUAGGUCCUCUAUGUACCCUAAAAGAACAAUUUGAAAAGGAUAAGGAUGAUGAGAGUUUGAGAAGGCGGAAGGAGCAGGUUCUAGAUAUUAACGCUGUUGGAGAAUCCCUGGAUCCAGAAGUCAAGAUUUUGAGCCUUAUAAUUAAGUCCCCCGGUAGAUCUGCCAUUGUUCUCCCUAUCCCCAAGGAUGGAAAUCCCAAGAGCCCAUGGUUUGUCCUGAAAGAAGGGAGCAAAUACAGCCUAAAAUUUACAUUCCAAGUCAGCAAUAACAUAGCGACUUGUCUUAAAUACAUGAACACGGUUUGGAAAACCGGUAUUAAAGUGGACAGCACGAAACAGAUGAUAGGGGCGUUUAGUCCUCAAUUGGAGCCCUUAUACACACAAAUGCCGGAACACACCACCCCUUCAGGCAUUGUUGCUAGAGGAUCUUACUCGGCAAGGACAAAGGUGAUUUUUUUUCCUUUUUCUCUUUAAUGGUCUUAACAUAUUCUUUAUCUACCAUUCAACAAAGUACUAACAUCU